UGACUUUUAAGGCCAAACCUCAUCUACACAUUAGCCUUAAUUUAGCUACCAUUAUGAUUUAUUUUAAUUUAAGAUUUUAAUUAUAGAAAAUUUUUUCAUGAUUAUAAAAUACAAAUCUAUUAAACAGUCAAAUGCAAUUCCUUGUGUAAACCUUUCAAAUGUCACACCAAUUCAAUCUGUCAAAAUCGGCUGGAAGUUGGAGUUAUUUUAUUGUUUUCUUCAAAAAUUAUGAUAAAAAUGAAUGAAUCUUGGCAAAAUUGGUGUAGAUUUUGUGCAAAAUGUGAUUCCUCAGAGUUGGGCAAUGUGUAUAAAAUGGAAUCAAUUGAGGAACAAAUGGAAAUUGUAAAAGAAUACUUUUCAAUUGUGCUCUUACCGUUCAGUAGGGUAAGAUCAAUGUGUAGCGAAUGUUAUGCUUUUCUGAAUAAGGUGCAGAAAUUCAGGGAUCAUUGUUUGAGGGUUGAUGCAAUGUUCAAUGAAUUGGUUAUCAAUGAAAAUUCCACCAAUAUUCAAACAAUACGCUCAAAAUAUGGAUUUGACAACGAAGAGGAUGAACUCAGUUCACAAUUGAUGCUACAUCUGGAUGAGUCUGAAGAGGAGACAGAUAAGAAGACGUGGAGAAACAAUAGUACCUCAGACCAUUAUUCAGAUACCCUCAAAAAUGUUAAAAUAAAGUUGGAAGAAAUUGAGGAAGUAAUUGAAUUAAUUGACAAUGAAGAUGAAGAAGAUUAUGAAGAAGCAAUCUAUGAACAGAAUGAAUACGUGGAUGAGUCAGAAUCUGUUGCUUUAUCGAACCCAUCAAACACGACAUGGCUGAAAGAGGAGUUCUUAGAAGGUGAACAAGAUGACCAACCAGCGAUAAAACAUGAUCGGCGGCAGUUUAAGAAAACUUCACCUUCCAAAGUAGCAAAGAAGACGAGAAAGAGAAAGAAAAAAGUUCUCAAGUCUAAUUUUAGAGAGACAUGCAAAAUUUGCCAAAAAUCCUACGUAAGUCUUAUAGGCUUCCAACAACACAUGAUGGCAAAACAUUCAGAACUGCAGGAAUUGGCAAUUCAUCAGUGUACCGAAUGUCCAAAGAAAUUUGUAGCACGCCAACUUUUGAUCUCUCACCAAAAGUCUCAUCUGCCCGAGGAGGAAAAGAAACUAUUUCAUUGUGAAUCUUGUCUAGCAAAAUUCAGCGCAAAGAGUAGCUUGAAAAUUCACAUUAAUACAAUUCACAAGAACGAGAAGAAAUUUAUUUGUGACAUUUGCGGGAAGACUUUUGGUACAAAAGGCAAUCUCUCGGAACAUUGUAAAAUUCAUGGGGAUGAUUGGCCAUUCCAGUGUGCCUAUUGCCCCAGGAAGUUCAAGACUGCAGCUAACAUGAAAAUACACGAAGAAAUUCAUACGGAUACAAAAUUCAAAUGUCCUCAUUGCGAUGUCUUGGCCAACACGAAGCGGAGUCUUCGGUUUCAUCUGUUAGUUCACACGGAUGAGAAAAAGUACAAAUGCAAAUACUGCAGCAGGACAUUCAAGCGUCCAACAGCUCUAAAGUACCAUCUGCAUCAGCAUACCGGCUAUAAACCUUAUCCAUGCCAAUAUUGCGACAGUGCGUAUACCAGCAAAAUAAACUUGGAAGGACAUCAGAAGAAGAAUCAUCCUUUUCAGGUAGAAGCAGUUGCAUCGGCUGUAAAGGCGGAGUGAUAGCCAGCAACACAUUCAAAAAAAAUCAAUAAGCAGGAACUAUAAUAAAAUUAAAUAAAAAUUUAAAAAAAA